CAGUUGAAAACACGUUACGCGCCUGUGUAGAGCGUUUUUGCGCUUCAAAACAUUCCCAAGCACCAAAGAGCCGAUCCCCCCAGACGAGCUAACAGAUUCGAAAGUUUUACACCGCGUGCAUUUGCAAACAACAACAACAAUAGCAGCAACAGUAGCAACAGCAACAAUAACAAUUUCUCAGCGACUGCAAAGAAACCCAAAGACCCGUUAGAGCAGCGACAGAGCGACGAUCGACGGAAACGGAAAGUAAAAGCCAUCUCACCCAGAUACAGACACUCUAACACAAGCACAGACAUGGCGGAGACGAUCAACAACAAGCCGAGCAUACAGAUUCGGAGUGGACUGCCCUCCCCGCUGCCGGACAAGAGCCCCUCGCCGGCCACCAAGCUGCUGAUCAGCCAUGGCAAGCCCAACUUCACCAUCGGCAACAAAUCGCCCAAGGCCGAGGAGAAUGGCACCAGUCCAUUGUCGCCCCAGCAGACCGCCAGCAACAACUACAAUCCCUACAAGAGUGCCAGCAACAACGGGAGCAACAGCAACAGCAACGGCACCGGCAACGGCACCGGGAGCGAGAUCAACAAAUUCAUCGUCGGCACCAAAUUCAAUGGAGUCUUCAAGCCAUCGACAGCGGCCACCAGCUGGGCCACCGCCACCACCAACGGGAAUGGCUCGUUGAAUGGGAAUGGAGCUGCUGCCGGCGGAGAGAAUGAGGCGUCCAAGGUCGUGCUACGUCGUCCAAAGGCGGCAACAUCUCCGCCGCCCGCCGAGGCCGAGGAUGAUAAUGUGCCGGAGUUCAUCAGACGUCAGCGACGCAUCCAAGAGCGUCUGGCCAAGGAGAAUGUGCUGGACUUCGAGAACCGUCGCAGUGGCUACUUCACUCACGUCGUGAUCUCGCCAGACUCGCCCAAUCGCACCUCGUUUGUGGAGACCAUGGCCAGUCCGGCCAUAGUUCCGUCCCUUGAAAUGCCUGCACCAGUGCACGAGAAGGUCGGCGAGGAGGAGGAGGAAGAGCAGAAGCAGCAUCAGGAGCAGGAGCAGCGGGAGCGCGCCACACUUGUGACUACAUCAGCCCUGAUUAGCGAACCAGAGACGGUUGCGGCUGUCACCAAUGGUCACAGCGAGGAACCCGAAACCACUACCAAUGGGCAUACGGAUCAGGAGUAUGUGGCUCCCGAAGAGGUGGCCAAGGCCAUUGAGGAGGUCAACAAAGCGGUGGCUGGGGAGGAUGAUGACAAGCCCGAGGCAGAGACUCCAGAGCCGGAAGCAGAAUCAGUUUCAGCUCCAGCUCCAGUUCCAGUACCCGUUGAAAGGAAGAUUGAGUCAGAGGACGAGUCAAAGCCAAAAACUGAGGAGAUCAUCCCAGCGACAGCAGCGCGUACACCCUCUCCCGUUGAGGCUCAAGUGGAGGUUGUGCAGCAUGUGCAAAACGGCGAGACCGCUGCAGCUACAGCAGCACCUGCCACAAAUGGCCAGGACACCGAUGGCAUCACCAUUUCCCACACCAAUGGCCAAAGCAGCGAUGGCCCCAGCAUACCCUCGCCGGACCCCAGCGGUGCUCUUGGCGUCAACUACGAGCCCAAGACGGUGGUUAGCUUCUCACAGGAGCUGGGCGGUGGCGAGAACAACUAUCCCGACACGGUCAAGGUGGUGACCUCUGAGUCCUCCGACGGAGAGCUGAAGGAUCUGGCCAAACUGAAGUUCGACAUCAAAAACGAUGGCCAGGCGGACGAUGUCCAGGUGACGCCCGUGCUGCGUGCGGAGUAAAUGUGCGGACUCUGGCCAGGAUUAGUUCAAUUGUUGUUAAAAGGGCAGGCGAGGCGAGGCCAGACGAGAGAAAGAGAGAGAGAGAGAGAGAGAGCUAUCUAUGUAUUGUAUUUUGUGUUAGCUGCUAAGUUGAUUAUGAGAAAUGUUGCCAAAUUUAAUUUUAUGCUUCGCGCAUCAGUCAGUAUCGAGUAUCGAGAAUGGACAAU